GCCUCCAUGGCUGUUUGCCCGGCUGCAUUGUGGGAGUUUGACCCAGAGCCGCCGGAUGCGGGUGACGAGCCGCCGCCGCCGAGGGCGCCAUGGGGGCCGUGACGGACGAUGAAGUUAUAAGAAAGCGUCUCUUAAUUGAUGGUGAUGGUGCUGGUGAUGAUAGGAGAAUAAAUCUGUUAGUGAAGAGUUUCAUUAAAUGGUGCAAUGCUGGAUCUCAGGAAGAAGGCUAUAGUCAGUACCAACGCAUGCUGAGUACAUUGUCUCAAUGUGAGUUUUCAAUGGGGAAAACCCUGCUUGUAUAUGAUAUGAAUCUCAGAGAAAUGGAGAACUAUGAAAAAAUUUACAAAGACAUAGAAAAUAGCAUAGCUGGAGCACAUGAAAAAAUUGCUGAGUGCAAAAAGCAGAUCCUUCAAGCAAAACGAAUACGGAAAAAUCGCCAGGAAUAUGAUGCUUUGGCAAAAGUCAUACAGCACCAUCCAGACAGGCAUGAAACAUUAAAGGAACUAGAUGCUUUGGGGAAAGAAUUACAGCAUCUUUCUCAUAUAAAAGAAAAUGUUGAAGAUAAGCUGGAAUUAAGGCGAAAGCAGUUCCAUGUUCUUCUUAGUACUAUCCAUGAACUUCAGCAGACCUUAGAAAAUGAUGAAAAACUCUCCGAAGUGGAAGAGGCUCAGGAAGCAAGCAUGGAAACCGAGACGAAACCAUAGGCAAACGCAGGUCUCACUAGUGUGAAGAGAGCUAAACAUGGCUGUCUGAGUUUCCUUUCACGUGUUAAAUCAUUGUAACUUUGGUGAAACUAACAGACUGUGGAUGAUCAAUUUUUAUCAAUUUUUUUCAAAUGUCCAAGUAGGCAAAGAAACUAUUUUAAAGGAAGUUUGUUUUUAUGAAAUUUUUUUAUUCAGAUGUUUUCAGUUUGUAUUUUCAUGUAUAUUUUGGUAGUUGUUAAAAUGGUAAAAUUGGUAUUGAUUCUCACAAGUUGUAUUUUACAGAGAAGCACUUCUAGAAUGUACUCAUAAACAUAUUCAUAUAUAGAUAUGUACACAUGCAUGCACGCGUGCACCCUCAUUGGAUGCGUACAACAUAGUAGCUGAGUCCUCAGCGGCUGUCCAAGGGACAGAGAGAUGAUGAUUUAUCCUCAUGCUGAAGGAGAUUGUAAGCAAGUCUUCUUGACUACCAGACCAGCAGUUGACCACGAUUUCUAUGUCACGCUUCUUCCACGUAUGGGGAAAACACAUGAGCAAAUGAAUCCAUUUCUGACCUAGAAAGAUGAGUUGUUCACUUUUAAAUGAAAGUUAAACAGGUUUAGUCAUUAAGGUUAUAAAAUAUUUCUGAAAACAAAUA